UUGUAGCUUUCAAUAACAACGGGAUAACACGUUCUUGAUGUACUGUUUUAAGUGCUAAUAAAAUAAUUUAGAAUAACUUCAAACAAUAUGGAACCUCGAUACAAAUUUACCAUAGGACAAAAGGUAGCGUACUUGCAUAUGCUUGAAGUGCAUGAUGCAGAAAUAUUGGAUUGCAUGACAAAGACUGAUGAUUCGAUUAUAUAUUACAUACAUUACGCUAUAAAGGGACAGAAUUAUAUUGAAUGGGUCCCAGAACGUAGUAUUCUUAAGCUUGGUGAUUUUGAGAUUAAGCUUUAUCUAGAAUUCGGUAGAAAAUGGAAGGAAAAUGAUAAAUUCAAUGUCUUUCAAAAAGUGAAUCCGAAUCCCGGUAAUCCAUUUCCUUUGAUGACUGCAGCGCACUUAACUGACUUUUUACAAUCAUUACCAUCGCCUGCGGACUGCUUUGCAUAUCCCGUACCUAGAAUUGAGCAAAACGAAAUUGAAUUACAUAAAGUUGACGAAUAUAAUGAGAACCCGGUUGAAAUUAUCAGUGUGGCAUCGUCAAAUGAACGCCAAAAUAAUGAUAACAAUGAUAAUAACAAUGAUGAUAACAAUGAUGAUAACAAUGAUGAUAGCAAUGAUGAUAAUAAUGUUGAUAACAAUGACGAUAGCAAUGAUGAUAACAAUGAUGAUAACGAUGCUGAUAUCGAUGAUGAUGAUAAUGAUAGCAAUGAUUAUAACAAUGAUGGUAACGAUGCUGAUAUCGAUGAUGAUGAUAGCAAUUCUUAUAACAAUGAUGAUAACAAUGAUGAUAACAAUGCUGAUAACAAUGAUGAUAGCGAUUAUGAUAGCAAUGAUGAUAACAAUGAUGCAUGCAGUGAUGAUAACAAUGAUGCAUGCAGUGAUGAUAAGAAUGAUGCUUAUAAUGAUGAUAACAAUGAUGCUUGCCAUGAUGAUAACAAUGAUGCUUGCAAUGAUGAUAACAAUGAUGCUUGCAAUGAUGAUAACAAUGAUGCUUGCAACGAUGAUAACAAUGAUGCUUGCAAUCAUGAUAACAAUGCUGCUUGCAAUGAUGAUAACAAUGAUGCUUGCAAUGAUGAUAGCAAUGAUGAUAACAAUGACAAUUCAUGUGAUGAGAAAUCUGAACCAAUUUCAACCAAUUCCAAGUAGUGAUUUUAUAUUGACGUACAUAUUGAAACUAAGAAAACUUUGAACAAAAAAAUAUCAUCACAACAAUUAACUUAUUAUAAUAAA